GGAGGGACUAGUGGGGCUCCACGUCAAGCAAGCAACCUGCCGCUUCGCCUUAACCAAAAAAACCGCGAAAACUCCCGAGCUUCCCAAAACUUGUUCCAACCUCACCACACCCAACCCGCGCAAAUCGACGACAAGCUCCGGCCACGGCCAAUUCCUUUCUCCUCGACACCGAGUGCUUCCUCCCGCCCAGAUCGAAUUUCGAACCCCAGCCAAUUCGAUUGCCCCCAGAUUCCUCAAAAUGGCCUCUUCCGGAGUCAACGUCCUCCGGUACUCCGCCCUCGGCCUCGGUGUCGUCUACGGCUUCUACCACCAGCGCCAGAUCUAUGCUUCCGACCGCGCCGCCGCCGCCCAGCGCGAGUAUGAGCACAAGCAGCAAUUAAUAGCCCAGGCCAAGAAGGCCUACGCUGCCAAGCACAAGCCCGCUGUCUCCGCGUCCUCUUCCGCCAGCCAAGACAUCAACAGCUCAAGCUUCGACCUCGAGAGCUUCAUCGCCCAGCUGGACAAGGCCUAAACUGUCCGUCGACGAACUUGACGGAUAGUGGUGGAAAAGGGAGGGGGAUAAUAGAGGUGGUAGACUUGGAAUGAGCGAACCGAAUCUUUUCCGACCAGCGCACAACCAGCCCCUCUUGACUCGACUCGAACUCGCCCUUUGUGGAUGUGGGAGGACGGUGGGAAAGACGAGGGAAAGGACGGAAAACCGAACGAAAUGGAUGGGACGAAUGACAUCAGCGCCGGAAAUACCCUCACACAACCGGCCAAUGUCACAUCGUUGAGGUUUUGGGGGAAAGGGAACAAAACCCCAGAAAAACGGACAGGGCGAGCAAGGCGCGCAAGGAAGGGACGGCAGGGGGGUUUAAAGGCAAAAUGGUGUUGUAUUAUUACUGUCGCGGUUAAAAGUGCACAACUACCCACACGGCAUUAAAGAGGCUUUUUUUUCGAUCAUCACACACACACACACGCACUUACUUCUUUCUUUUUCACAAAAGGUUCCCGUGUACAAUUGUUUUGUACAUUAUAACUGAUCUAGACAAGAGACGGGGGUAAUAAAGGAACUGGACCAGAAGUAACUUGGGUCAUAUUCGGUGAAACUCGUUUGGGUGUACUCGGGGGGCAGGGGACACGAAUAUAGCAUGUCCAGACUCUGCAUAUUGGACUGUUCCACACCAUUUCAGCAGACCAAGCUUGUUUACCACGCCAA